AUGUAUGUGAAAUGGUUUGAUACAGUAAUGUUAUACUACGUGAUUUUAGUGAAUGUCACUUUUUGUCAUUUUCAAAUUUCCCGCCGUUCCGUCCCCCAUACGUCCCGACGCUCGCAGGGAACGGAACCCAGAAGACAGAUGCCGGCAUCCGCCGGAUUACAUUGCCGGGGACACUGCAGGAGGGACAUCGCGGGAGCGCAGGACAAGGUAAGUGAUCCAGGAAUCUUGGAGAAGCGCUGCAUGGUAAGCCGGAGUAUAGCUCGGGGUUACCGCUUGUGCUACACUCGGGAAUACCGCCAGGGAGGUUAAG